AAGAAGAGUUGACAAACAAGCCAGGAUAAUAGAUCUGUUUUAAAAUGUCUUUGAAGGUUAUUCGUUUCUGAAUGCUCUUGGAUUAUUUCUUAGUUACUUAUAUAUUUUGUAUCGUCUACCUUGCCAUGUUUGGGAGACAUGUGGGCUGAGAACACAUUAGAGCGAGCUUCAAGGGUAGGGCAGGAAGUGCUGGAAAGAACCAGGGCCAGGAAGGUGGAGUGGCCAUCACACAAGCAGUAUGGCCACAACCCUGUACAGGACCCCCAUGUGUACACGUCGCUGGAUGAUGCACUGGCCAGUAUGCUGCACUAUAUGUCGGUGACCACCAAGAACUGCAAGCGUUAUUACAACAGUGCAGGCAGAUCCCAGCGGAGUGCCUCGGACACCCUCCACUGCAGCAGAUUCCACACCCCAACAUACACCGCAACACACAAGACAAACCCACUUCAGCGGUCAGAGGAUGUGCACAUUCUGGUCGAGCCUGGAACCUACGCCGUGUCGGCCGGAGCCUGGGGCACACAGUACCAGCAGAAACAUGUCGUCCACGUCCGAGAGGGAAACACCGUCAACAUGGACUUUGUGUUAUGACAGCCUCAGCCUGACAUCGGCACAUCCUUCUUUUAAUAUAAGUCAUACUAGUCAUUAUCAUGAUUAUCUUACUGUUGAUAUAGCAGUCACUAUAUUAAACACAGAUGGCUUUUUUGGCCACCAUGUCAAUGAUGUGAACAUUAAAAUUUGAUAUAUCUCUGCCAAUGCAAUAUCCUGUCACAUCGAUGCCAAAUAUUAUAUUGAUAUAACUUGCCCAAACGUUAUUGCCAAAGUUUAUAAUAAGUGAUAAGGCUUCCAUUCCCUUUUUAUUGUUUUGUUACCCAUGCUGUGUCAAUUCUACAAAUAUAGUGAGCAGUGUCAUUAUUGGAGUUGUUUUUUAAGGAACUAGAGUUCUUCCAGUUUGGACACAGAAAACAUUCAGAACAAUCUGUGUUCACUUAUUUCAAAUGUAGUGCAUUGUUUACUGUUUCUAUACUUUUACAAAUAUAGAGUUGUGAGAUUUAAUUAUACAGAAUCUCUUUCAGCUUUACAAUAAGAAACUGUCAUUAUGUAAGGCUAUCAAUUUACAUUAAAUCAGUUAUACAAAUAGCCUACAGCAUUAUAGCUUUAACAGUGCAAGUGUAACAUAUUUAGGAUAAGUUCAAUGAUUUAGAACUGUGUGUGAGUAAUUCAGUAUUAUUUUGGUGCCUAAUUUCAUUUAAAUCCGACCUGUCACUCCAAUAUGAUACCUCUCUGCAUGAUGUUCUGGAGAUGCAGAUUUCUGAAUCAAGGUGGAAGAGGAAUGAAGCCAAAUUGUUUAACAAACCUGACAUCUGAUUGGCUCAAGAUCCCACUCAUCUGAUUGGGCUGUCAAAGGUCACUCAGGGUUCACUACAUGCGUCCUUCUAUGGAGGUGUCCUGAGAUCUUAAUGCAGAGAGGUAUCAUAUUGGAGAUGAGAUCUAAUUUGAAGGAGAUAGUGCUACCCCAAAUCAUGUCAAUCAAAAUGACUGCCCAAACAAAAUAGUGUUUCUCCUUUGACAAAUUUGAGAUGUUUCAACAUGUUCAAGGGUUUUGUCAGAUGUCAUUAUCAAAGAGAAGGGGUGAUAAGGGCAGGUGAUUAGAAAUAUGUUGUUUUUAUUUGGAUUAAUCAUGCUUAUUAUCACCUGUUCAAUGAAUAUUAAGUUACCCCUGAUGAAGGAAAGUUAUGAAACUGGCUCUGGAGUUUCUGGUUCUGAACAGGCUCUGAUUCUAAUGGAAGUUUGUGUGGAACAUUACUGAUAGACUUUUCUAUAAUUCUUUGUUCCACUAAAAGUCAUACCUUCUUUCAUCUCCCUAAUGAGAUUCCUAUAGCGGUGCUUAACAAGUGGUAAAUAUCAAGAUAACUCAAUCUUGCCUGUUUCUUUGUCUGUGGUAGAUGUUUUCAGACUAAUUGUCCCAAGCAGUGCUAUGAUGUAAUGUAGGUCUGCAACAGCUGUGGAGAUGAUGUACAGGGCUUAGAUCCACUUCAACAGACUGAUGUUACCAGAGGUGUUACAGGGCUUAGAUCCACUUCAACAGACUGAUGUUACCAGAGGUGUUACAGGGCUUAGAUCCACUUCAACAGACUGAUGUUACCAGAGGUGUUACAGGGCUUAGAUCCACUUCAACAGACUGAUGUUACCAGAGGUGUUACAGGGCUUAGAUCCACUUCAACAGACUGAUGUUACCAGAGGUGUUACAGGGCUUAGAUCCACUUCAACAGACUGAUGUUACCAGAGGUGUUACAGGGCUUAGAUCCACUUCAACAGACUGAUGUUACCAGAGGUGUUGGAACUGCUGUACUUUACACAGAAAGCCUCAAAACAAGUAUCACUUAACGGUUAAUAUAGUGGAACCCUGUUAAACUGGAGAGUAGCAUUUCCAUUGAUAUCAUCCUGAUUAACAACUGUCCAGAUUUCACUCUAAUAAACCUUUGUAUAAGUGCGAGGUUUCUGGAUUAGCAGGGUCUGGACUAAGUUUUCAGUAUACAUGUUGUAUCUUGAUUGCUGUAGUUCUUGGUUUUCAGGACCAUUUACCCUUUUUUUAAGUCUGUGCAAUAAUCUGUGUGCGUGCAUUCGUGUGUCCAUCUUAUGAUAGGAUGUGCAAUACAUAUUCUUCCUAUUGUGUAGUCUUGUGUUGAAGAAUGUGCCUGUUGAACAUAUUUUGCAAUGGUUGAGUGAGUGUGUAAUGUCACGGGAGCAGCAAUAUUGCAUUCAUUAAUAGUGAUUGUGGGGCUCAAGUCUUUGAAAGGCAUUUAAAAGUGAUACACAUAAGGAAGAAAAUUUAUGUAUGUCAACUUCUUUAUUAUGAGGAACACAACAUUCUGAGUGUAUACUUACUCGUUCAUCAUUCACCUGAAGGAGUAAGUAUAUACAUAUAUAUAUGUACUGCAAAACGUUGUGCUCCUCAUAAUAAAAAAGUUGACAUCCAUAAAUUCUCUUCCUGAUUGUGGUGCUGCUAAGAGAAAUUGUGCAUGUUUUCAUUCUUACUUAUUUUCAAAAACAUUUAGGUUAAUUUCAUGCCUGAACAAUAUCUUUCAUGUUACAUGUCCAAAUCUCACCACAAAUAGCUGUAAGAUUGUUGAUGCUGUGUUGAGCAAUAUUCACUCACAUAUUCCAGUAUCAGGGUUAUAUUGUUGGUUUGGAUAUAUGUGAUGUGAUAAUGGUACAUAUUUACUUAUAUCACAGUGCAGAAUAAAGUUUAUUUUACUAAAUUUA